CUCCCGCCACUCGCACAGCACACUCCAGGUUACGCUGUGACGCUUCUGCCCCUGGCGAGCUGCCAUGGCCCUCUCCGACGUCGACCUCGACUUCGAGGCCUUCCUCGCCUACCUCGGCUCCGGCCUGGACGAGGCGCCGCCGUCCGUGCCGGCCAUGUCCUCGCCGGAGGAGGGCGUGCUGAGCCCCGCUGCCCCGUCCUCGCCGGAUCUUCUUCUUCCCAUGCUCGCGUCGUCGCCGGAGGAGGGCAUGCUGCUGAGCCCCGCCGCCCCGUCGCCGCUGGAGGCGCCGCCCAUGACCACGUCGUCGCCGGAGGAGGGCACGUCGUCGGGAUCCGCGGGGACCGUCGCCGCCGCCGGACCAGACGACGGCGACAGGGAGCGGAGGCUCCGCCGCAAGGUGUCCAACCGCGAGUCGGCGCGCCGGUCACGCGCGCGCAAGCAGCGGCACCUCGAGGAGCAGCGCGCCGCGGCCGCCACGCUCCAGGCCGGGAACCGGCACCUCGCCGAGAAGCUCCGGGCGGCCAGGGCGCGCGCGGGGCUCGUCGCGCUCGCCAACGCCCGCCUCCGCGCCCAGAGCCAGGCCCUGAGCCGCCGCCUCGACGCCGCGCGCCAGGCCCUCGCCCUCAGGCAGCUCUACGCCGCCGCGUCGGCCUCCGGCGGCGCCCUGGACAUGCAGGCGCUCGCCUCGCUGAUCCGGUAGCAAAGCGCAUGGCACGGCGCGGGCGCACGCACGAGAAGAUGUUUUUUGACCUGCUGCAACAUCGAUCGAACGAACGAACGGACGACGAACGUACGACGGACGGGCUGCUAUUAAUCACAACCCAUAAGAAGCUAGCACUAUGCAUGCAUGAUCCUUGAUGAUAUAUAAAAGCAAGAAAUUGUGGAUGGAAAAUGGCACCAAAAAAACGUACCUACUUGCUGCUUGAUCGAUGCUGCUGCUGCUCGAACAUCGCCGAUUUCUGCGCUCCCUCUGAUCGGAAAUGGACGGCCAGGAUCGGUCCAGCGAGCAGGAGAUGCUCUUCGACUCCCUCCGCUGGAUCUCAAUUAUUGUUGUCUCUGUGAUUUAGUACCUAGUGCUGCAGCUUUGCUACAUAUCUGUUGGCUGAUUACUGGAUGGAUGUAUCCAUCGAUCGUCUCUGUGUCCUUCUUAUUCCUCAUGUUUGGCACCUGUCACCCUCAUGCAUGUCUCUCUAAAUAUAUAUAAUUUUCUUGGUCACCGGCCGAAAGUUGGUGGAGGAGUUGCACAUAUGCUUGUCCUCAUUGUCUCAUCA